UAGUUAUCAACACAACAAUAAAAAAUAUUUAAACGACAAAAUGUCUAUUCAACCAUACAACACCAAUAAAAAACGGCGGCGUAAUCAUCCAAAUCAAAAUAAUUUUCAAUCUACGAGUAGCAAUCAUCAAGGAACAUCCUCAGGAACACAACCUCAACUCUACAACUUCCCUAUUGUUUUCACAUCACCCGGAAGGGCAAUAUUUCCUGUCAAAUUUUGUCCAGUACUCCCAACAUUUUGUUCAAAUAUUGCAAAUGUUUGGCACAGUAUAAAAUUCAGUAGUGGAGUUAUGACUAGUUUGGUUAUUGACAAGCGUUAUAGGACCGGGAAAGAUUUUAUUGCUUAUUCUUUGGUUCUUUUGGCAAAAUGGUUGAUGUUUGGACAGAAAAUUCACAUUUCUGGGCUUCGUCACUACUCGACAAAUCACUUAACUUCAGUUAUAGCAAUAAUAAAGCAAUAUGGCCCUUUUAGAAUUGACAAUAUAGGCUUUAACUUUCAAUUAGUCGAUGCUCAUUCAAUAAUCCAUUCAAUAGUCAGAAUCGCCUUUUAUUUAAAUUCAACAGCCAAAAAACCUCAAAAAUCUGUGGAAAUUUUUAACGAACCGGAUAUACACCCAGAGGACUUGUAUCAUAUUAAUUUGUGGUGGCUACCGACAAAAAACAACUGCCCUCUUUUCAAGUUCUGGUUGACACUUCGUUUAUCUGAUGCUUAUGGGAAAUUGUGUCCGGGUAGGGAAAAUAAAUAA